AUGGCUGUCGACUACAUCCUCACGCUGUCCUGCCCGGACAAGCCAGGCAUCGUCCACGCCAUCACGGGAGCGUUGGCGUCGCGAGGCGUCAACAUCCUGGACCUCCGACAGUUUUCCGACCCCACGUCCAACCGCUUCUUCAUGCGCGUCCACUACGGUCCCACCGAGCUGCCCGCGGAGGAGCUGCGCGCCACGUUCGAGGCCCUCGUUGGCGAGUUCCAGAUGUCCUACGACAUCCGCACCGCCGCCCAAAAGACCCGCGUGCUCAUCAUGGUGUCCAAGAUUGGCCACUGCCUCAACGACCUGCUGUUCCGUGCCAAGUCGAACCAGCUGCCCAUCGACAUCGGCCUCAUCGUCUCCAACCACCCCGAGUUCGAGCCCCUCGCCAAGAGCUACGGCAUCCCCUUCCACCACUUGCCCGUGACCAAGGACACAAAGAUCCAGCAGGAGACCAGGGUCCUCGAGCUCAUCAAGGAGCAAAACGUCGAGCUCGUCAUCCUCGCCCGUUACAUGCAGGUCCUGUCGCCCACCCUCUGCGCGGCCAUGUCGGGCCGCAUCAUCAACAUCCACCACAGUUUCUUGCCCUCGUUCAAGGGCGCGAAGCCGUACCACCAGGCGUACGAGCGCGGGGUAAAGAUUAUUGGGGCCACCGCCCAUUUCGUUACUGCCGAUCUCGACGAAGGCCCCAUUAUCGAGCAGAGGGUGGUUCGCGUCGAUCAUAGCAUGGGCCCGGCCGAUUUGACUAGGGAAGGUUCCAAUAUCGAAAGCCAGGUCCUUGCUGCCGCUGUUGGAUGGUAUGCGCAGCGCCGUGUUUUCCUCAACGAGACGAAGACGGUGGUUCUCAACUAG